AUGGACGUCGAAUCAGCGUCUUCUUCGUUGAUUGAAGAAUCUGAAUCGAUAUCAUCGCCGUCGAUCGGAAAAACGACAGAGACCAAGUCAAUUGUGGUGCAAAAACAGAACCCGCCAUCCUCCCUCACAGCUUUAAUACCGAUGUUAUACCCUAUGGCUGUACUCGGGUUCAUCUUCUCGUUGAGUAGUCAGUCUAAAUUGAGUGGAAUGAGAAGCGAACUGGAUCACGUCAAAGGGCUGCUUGCUGUCCUUCAACAACAGGUCCAAGAACUGCAGGGCAACAGUAACAGUUAG